CACCCCACCAUGGCCGAAAACCAUCCUCCCUACAACCAACCCAACACAAUCCAAACCCUCCAGACCAACCAUCCCCAUCCCCAUCCCCAACCACCCAAGCAUUCCCUGCUCACCCGCCUAGCCUCCAACAUCCAGCAAGCCAGCUCCUCCUGCCUCAACAUCCUCACCCGCCCCAGCACCGUCGCGCCGCUCCUCUUCACUUGCAUAUGCCUCGCGCUUGCCUACAAAACCCGAAGCCGCGCGAACACUGCUCUCCGGCGACGGCGAAGGGAUGACGCGCACGCGGAAUCGAUCAGACCGGUGCUGCAGCGAUCCAUGUCCAUUGCGGUGCUCCACGGCGGCCGUUUGGCUUUGCAGAGGAUCAUCGCAGCGCAGGAGGCGAGGCUGAGUGAUGCGAAGCUUGAUCAAGCCGAGGUCGAAUUCCAGAAACUGCUUAAGCCGGUGGAUGGACGGAUGCAGUUCGGCAAGCUGCAGAGCGUGGCAGGAAAGCUAGAGAUGAGCGGGAAAGAGGAGGUGGCGGUGGCGCUGCUAAGAAAGGCGAUGGAGAAGGCCAAACCCCACGAGGCGCAUGAGCUCGAUAUGUUGUUGGUCGAGAUGCUCAUUUACAAGGGAGACUACGAUGAAGCCUUGCGUUGUCCGUGUCUCUAUGAUGAAGGGAUCACUGAUGCUAGAAGUGCUCUUUAUAAGGCAGUAAUUUAUUCUCUGAAAGAUGACAAGAAAGCAGAGGAUUACUACAAAAGUUUUCGAGAAACUCGAAAUAAACUUCAUUGGCCAGAUGCCCCGAAAGAGAAAACUCCUCUCUACGACGUCGUUCAUGAUUUUAAUAAGUUUCAAACCGUCGUAAAAAAUCUGAAGAAGGAGAUCGAACGAGUUAAGGAGAGAAAAGUUAGUAUGCAUGCAUAGAUUUGUAUGAAAGAAGAAGAAAUUGAAGAGUUGAGAGAAUAAGAGAAUGGGUUGGAAAAAUGGUUUUCUAAGGAAGGUUAAGUAGGAUGGAGCUCUUUGAUAUGGCCUGUCUUUGGAAGUUCUCAUCAUAUGGAUUAUUACAUAUUUAUUGUAUAAUUGAAUAUUUUAAUUUUAAAAAAUAAGUUAAA